AUGGAUUAUUUUGAAUUGGUGCUAACUCCCAGAAUUUGUUCACUUCUCAAAUUACCUGAUGCCUCGAAAGUAUUUAAGAAAUUAGAAACGAUUUUUUUGGAGAUGACAAAUUAUGAACUUUUGGGACCAUUAUGUGAAUCAUUAGCAUUAAUUUAUAGUAAUUCGAUAUUAUGGGCCAUCGUCAAUCAAAAAGAAACAUUAAAGAGUCUUGCUUUAAAUUCAGUUGAUUUUAGAUUGGGUUCUAAUAAAUUAUUAUGUCUAAUGGCCGAAAAUGUACCAGAAUCACUUGAAAUUAUUGAAAUUAGAAUAGGGAUAUUUAGUGCUGAUAGUUUAAGAAAAUUUUUUGAAGGGUGGUGUUGUAAAGGAAGAGGAGGAAGAAAUGAAAAGAUUAUCAUACGUACACAAGAAGCGCGACUAUAUAUGCUAAAUGAUUAA